AUGUCUCAAUCUCUCAGCUUUUCCGACAGUCGGACCCCAGCAUCAGACGUGGAAAACCAAAACAAGCAAGUCUCACAAGAUGCUUCUACCCUCAACCUGAUCUCUUCUGUUUUGGACUUCAUCCGCGGGAAUCUGAGCAAUAUUCUCACUACAUGGGGCCGCGAUUCUCCGCAGUACCAGUCCGCUAGUGCAAUCAUGCAGGCCUAUCUGGCUGAGAACGUAAAGAGGAUCAAGGGAGAGGUGCAGGAUGGUGAGAUCGAGUCCUUAAUGCAAGGUCUCUCAUUGGAAGAGAGCUCUACUUCCUAA